AUAGUUUUUAAUUCAUUCACACUAAAUAGUUGCCACUGUACACAAAACGUCUUGCUAGUCAUUUUACAGCCCAUUUAAAGGCCCCACCAGUCUCAGCAGGGGCCUGGGCACCUAUACAAACUAAAACUUCUAAACUGCACCCUAAUACAUCUGGACAUCACCCUCUUUUGUUGUAUUUCGGUUUGAAGAGAAAGUGACAUUUUACUUGCAGUGAUAACACAUUUCAUAAUACGCGAUUAUCAAGACGUUCCGAGAAUAAACAGAGGUAAAAUGCUCUCAUUAUCGUCAUGUUAAUGAUUUCAUUCUGUAGUCAGCAGGGAGCGCUGUCGUAUGUCGUAUCUUCUGGGGGAUGCCUUUAUGCUUUUGACAGGUGUCACAGAGCAGAGAAGCCAAGUUUUCUUUGCUAAAACUUUCAGGACUUCUGAACUGUGAAACAUUCUAGCCUAUCAACCUCUGAAGAUAAAGACCAUCCAAAACAGCAGCACCAGGUCGGCACUGCGCAAGGCUAUGGCAACUGUGUGUCUGAGCGGGUGCACGGGGAGAGGAGCGUAGGCUACAAUUAACUUCCUGCUCAGAAAAGUCGAGGCUAACAUAUCUCUGUGCGGAAUAAUACUAACCAAACUUUUAAAUUAUCGAAUCACCAAGCCAUUAUAGGCCAACGCUACGGAAUAUGGGUUUUCAUACCUUUGUAUUAUAGGCCUACCCGAUGGUUCGCAAUUGUAACUUGGUUCAAACUGCAUGCAUGAGAAUUAAAACUGGAGGAAUCUAUCAAUUCUACAUUUGUAUGCGGAUGCAUAACUAACAAGCCACAGUUGUCGACUCUUUAGUGUCGCAUUAACCAGCAGGGGGACAGUCACAGCAUCAGUAGAGCUGUAGAGAGACUCAGUCAAACUCAAGUGUGGUCAGCAAUAACGCGGGUCAUUGCCUUUCACAAGUUGAAAUGACCAGCACAGUCAAGCUCCCAAAGCCUUGCGCUUACGCUCAGUAGACACCUCAGAGAGUUACUGUGGGGUCAGCUGCUGAGCCGAGGACUAUGAUUCUGAGGAGGAGAUGCAGAGUCAAAUGUGGACGUUCAUUUCUACUAGAGUUGAUUUUUUAUUAUCUUGAAUCUGGAAAGACUGGUCAUUGUGUUAAAAACAUAUCUCAGCAGAGCCUGGUUUUGUAACUUUUUGUGAGCUUUCUUUACCUUUCAUUUUGAUGCUUUUACUCAUAGAAAACAAACUAUUCAUCAUCAUUUUGUAAUGACUGAUCUUUGAUUAUUUGAUUGAUCUUUGAACAACAUACAGGGACAUGCUGGGACUUUGUAGAACAUCACAUUACAUAUAGCCAUUCAGAGGAGAUUAAGCAGCAUUAAGCAAAGAUUGACGAUGACAGAUCAACAGCUUUUUGAGAUCUGUCAUAUGACCAAUGGCGCAGAUGAAGGCUAUAUGCCCAGUCAUAAUGCCCUAUUCCCAGGCCUUAGCUAUGGGCCCUCGACCCUCAGCGCCCUGCAUAACUCUCCAGCAUCUCCACACUUUGCUCAGGAUGCCCUCAAAUCCCCCAUCACCCCUUGCAAUGACCUUUCACCCCUAGUAGAAAUGCCCAAACCUGGAGGGGCUUGGUUCAAUAAUCACCUGAGUAGAACCACCUCCAACCCAUGGAUGUCAUCUGCUCAGAAUGACAGGAAAGACACCAGUAACCAAGUCAUCCAACAUCAAAGGAUGUAUCCAUAUGCUCCCGUUUCACUUAUGAACUCCGAGAUGUCUUCCAAACCAUAUGGGGGCGCCCUACAGAGACUGGACCCUUUCAACCAAGCAUUCCCCAACCAAAACCUUGGUCUUCUGCGAAGCAACAGCCUCAGCACAGAUAACGGCAGCCCCAACGGUAUGGAGGACAGCCCCAUGUUGCUGUCACCCCAGGCUGGGUCGCCCAUCGACCACGCACUGUACAGCCAGUCAACACAACGCUUCAACCAACUGCAGAUGAGCCAUGGCCAACCUCCACAGAGUCACCAGCCUGGGGACCAGAUCACCAGCCCACUUCUUGAACGGCCACCGAGCCAGUAUGGCUACCAGCCACAGCAACAGGCAGGGCAUGUGACUGAUGCCCAGCAGGUGUACCAGAGCCAGCACCACCCUCAGCAUUCCAGCCAGGGACACCCCAGACCUCGCUUCCUGUCCCUCCCACAACACCAUCAGUCACACCACCCGCAGCUUCAAGGAUCAUACUUUCAGCCCAAUGAGAGGGAGGUCCAGGACUCUCACCCCCCACCUCCCUCCCCCCAGCCUCUGCCUUUCUACUAUGGGCAGAACUGCAAGGGUUUAGAGCAGCAGAUCUCCUAUCCGAGCACCACACAUCAACCAUCCUCACCCUUCCAAGAGAGCCAGUCUUAUCUGCACUUACCUCCUCAUCACAACAGCUACCAGCCACCACAAGCUCAGGUUCUAGUGGACUCGCAUCACUCUCUGAGCUCCAAGCACCAUGGGCUUGACAGACAGAACUCUGGGAGUUUGAACUCUCCCACCAUACAGGGACUCUGUAACAACCCUUUUGACAGGGUCACUUGUGUGGACUACAACUCAUCUCAGAGGGACUCCAGUCACUGUUGCCUGCCUCUUCACCAUCCCGUCACUGGCAGGAAGAAACUACAGCAGUCCCAGUCUUCAACUACCAUGCAGUGGCCCCAGAUCGUUGGAGGAACAGGUUUCCAGCAAGAUCCUGUCUCACCACACUGCAUGCCUUGUGUAGAGACGACCCAGAAGAAAGCGUCCGGCGCCAAACUGAAGUGCUUGGUGUGUCAGCGAGAGUUCAAGAGUUUGCCAGCACUAAACGGCCACAUGCGCUCCCACGGGGGCUUCAAAACACAGCCAGCAACAAGAAUGGCGAUGAAAGAGGAGCCCCAAGAACUCCCUCCUGAGGUGAAUUCCUCUGUUCCAAUGGUCAUGCCGGUGUCUGUGCCCGUCAAGCCUCCAUCUGCGCCUGUCAGGUUCUCUUCCACACCUCAGAUCCCUGAGAUGAGCGGAGACCCAGAGGACCUGGCUUCACUUUACCCACGUGCUGUGUGUAGCCAACAGCCCAUGUCUCCAUACACCUCCACCCAUCUCCCUCCGCUUCACAUCCCUGCCUCUGAGUCUCAGAGGGACUCCUGUGAGGAAGACGACUCUUUGGAAUCGAGGCCCGAGAGGAAGAGGGUCCACCACCGCCUUCUGCCACUCUUCAUCCCCUCCCCAAGUCCCUUCCCUGUGGCCAGAGGAGCGGUCCUGUUCCGGAGUCAGCUUCGCUCCCCGGGAUACGAGGGGGACGUUCCCUACACCCCGCCGCCGAUGCUGAGCCCCAUCCGCCCUGGCUCUGGCCUCUUCAGCAGCGUGUGUGGGGUAGACGGCCAGAGCCCAGUGGCCGUGUUCGCUACCCGAGUGCAACUCUGCAAGACUGGUGAACAUCCAUCACUGAAUGAUUGGAACGUUCGUAAUGAAACUCCAGGCCAAGGGACACCCAUCCGUAUUGAUCCACGUAUCAACAUUGGAGAUUGUUUUCAAGCAAAAAUCCCAAAUUUGCUCAGCCGGACAGAAGUGACCAAGGACCCUGACAACACCACUCUGGUGUGGUCCUCUUGGAAUAACCUGGAUGUCCCCGGUGAGCAGCAGAAAGUGGACAACUUGCUGAGGCUCUCCUGCUGCAGUGUCCUGCCUGGGGGAGGAACCAACACAGAGCUGGCCCUUCACUGCCUGUUCCAGUGCAGAGGAGACGUCAUGGUAACCUUGGAGAAGCUUCUGAUGUUGGAUCUGACGAGAGCUGUGUCACAGCCUCUUGCUGACUACCAUUACACAGGUUCAGAUAAAUGGACGAUGCAGGAAAGGAGGCAGCUCAACAAGGCUCUGGACAAACACCACAAAGACUUCUUCCUGGUGCAGAAAAUGGUGCAGACAAAGACCAUAGCUCAGUGCGUGGAGUUCUACUACACAUGGAAGCGGAGAUCUCGUGCCGGAAAGCGCCUUAACGUCGGUCUUACUACCCCUAUGGCAGAGAACGAGGUUCACUGGGAGGAGUGCAGGCUGGCUCUGCUGAGGCCCAAUGGUCUGGAGAAGAAGACCUCCACUGACUUUGCAGACUGCUCCAACAGUCUGACAGCAUCCCUAGGCUAUGAGGAGCUCAGUAAUAUUUCUAUCCUGGAUGGGGACGGAGAGACCCUGUGUCCAGCAGGGCGGCGCUGUAGACCCCCAGUAGAGAGGAGUCUUCCCCAGUCUGGCCAGUACCCUGCUCCAGCCUCGGUGAAGAGCUCUCCUGCUCACAGCACCACCAGUGGAGACACCGACACCACCCUUGCCUUCCCCUGCAGAGAGUGUGGGAAGGUUUUUUUCAAGGUCAAAAGUCGCAAUGCUCACAUGAAGACUCAUCGCCAGCAGGAGGCAUCACUGUGCUGGCCAGUCCCGGUGCAGAGACCCCCAGAGGACAGCCUGGAAAUGACACCUGCCAGUCCGUACAGAAGCCCCCCUCACCUGCUCCUGUUACCUAGCAAUCACAUGAGUGGACCUCAGGGUACCCAGAUUGAGGAUGUGGACUCAUACAGGAACGAGGGUCAACACCUGAACAUGCGUGUGAUACAUACUAAUUAAUUAGUUAUAUGUAAGGGAGAAAACAACAGUGAUGGAGUCUCCAUGGUGAUUAUGAGCACCUGAAGCUGUGAAAGUAGAGUGGCUUUGACAUGAAAUGGCUGAGGAUCCUUAUCUAAAAUGAUGAAAUAACAAUUAGCUUGACAGUGGUUACAUAUUUAUAGUGGACAUUUUCUUUGUUCUUUCUUUUUGUACAGACUUAAUAGUUACUGCAGUGUAAAUGCUUUAUUGUAAGUGAUUUGGCAAAGAUGGUUCCAUCACAUUUAUUACGUCUUCUGCGAAUGAGCUUAAUAAUGAACCAGAUAUUUGCACAUUCAGAAAUUCAGAUGUCAGUGGGUUUACAUGCUGACCUCAGUUGGGUUAAACUACAUGUUCUGCUUCUUAUAGGUUGGAGGCUAAUUGGAUAUGCACAUAUACAAAUUCUGAGAACAUUGAAGGAUGCUCAAUCAAACUUUUUUUGGAUACCCUCCUUUACCCGUAAACUGUAUUUUUCAGUGGCAUUUAAAAAAAACAGCUUUGCUAUUCCCUUAAUAUUGUGUUGAGUGAAAAGCUUAUCACAUGCACCCAAUGUUACAAUGUAAGGUUAUUUGUACCUUUGAUAUUUGUAUCAAGAUCCUUAAAGGUAUAGUACCUGAUAUAAUCCAUCCCACUUUUUGUCGAAUUCACCUAAACAAAUGUCACUUUCCUCUAGUUGUCUGUUCAGUGUGUGUGCUCAAAAAACGAAGUAGAUCAGACCGAGCCAUACACAAUUCCAAUACGUUGCAUUAGUAGCACAGAAGGGAAGGUGUGAUUGGCUGUUGAGCUCAAAUAUCAACAACCUUGUGCAAGAGUCAAGGACGGCUCCUUUAACAUCAUGAAAAUAUCAUUUGGAAAAGUGGUAAAAGCACUUUUCAACAAAACCACUAGAUGGUGAUGGAGUACUUUCUCAAGUGAAGUGAAGUGAAGGCAUGGAUAUAUUCAGGUUGUGGGUCCGUGUCUGGUUGUGUAAUGCCCUUUCACUUCCUAAAUUGUUGUCAAGUUACUUUUUCCAAGUUAAAUGCAGUCGUUUUAUUUUUUUAUUUUCUAAAUAAAGUUGAACUGGCUUAUUUUCAA